GUUGGAAACGAAUGCUGACAAAGAAUCGGACACUCCAAUGCUAACACCAAAACAUAUUCGAUUUUCAAUUAAAUACUGUCCAUCUUCACCAUCUUCGCCCCACCUUUUCUUCUCCCCUCCGCCGGUGGAAGCCUGCCGCCGUUCUGUCCUUCCCUCUUCGCCGGUGGCUGAAUCGAAGUGAGGAUGAUUUCGAUUCGGUUUCCCAUCAGGCGCCCAUUGUCGUGUCUGGACACGCUACCGCUGCAUUCGUGGUCACUCAAUUUCUGCUCACUCUCUUCCUCAGCUCACUCCUCCUCCGCCGCUGCCACCGAAGCCGAUAGAUGCAUCAGGGAAGGCCCCAGGCACGACUGGACCAGACCUCAGAUAAAGUCCAUUUAUGACUCCCCGCUUCUCGAUCUCCUCUUUCAUGGCGCUCAAGUCCAUAGGCACGCUCACAACUUCCGUGAGGUACAACAGUGCACUCUGUUGUCUAUUAAGACUGGAGGUUGUAGCGAGGACUGCGCUUACUGUCCUCAAUCCUCCAGAUACGGAACUGGUGUGAAAGCCGAAAAACUCAUGGGAAAGGAUUCCGUUCUGGAUGCAGCACAGAAGGCAAAAGAGGCAGGUAGUACUCGUUUUUGUAUGGGUGCUGCAUGGAGAGAUACCAUAGGAAGGAAAACAAAUUUCAACCAGAUCCUUGACUACGUGAAACAAAUAAGGGGGAUGGGAAUGGAGGUGUGCUGCACAUUAGGAAUGCUGGAGAAGCAGCAAGCUUUUGAGCUCAAGAAUGCUGGUCUGACGGCAUAUAAUCAUAAUCUUGACACUUCUAGAGAGUAUUACCCAAACGUCAUAACCACAAGAACCUAUGAUGAUCGGCUAGAAACUCUUAAGAAUGUCCGUGAAGCUGGAAUAAGUGUCUGUUCAGGAGGAAUAAUUGGUCUUGGUGAGGCCGAUGAUGACCGGAUUGGUUUGUUACAUACAUUGGCAACACUUCCUGCACACCCUGAGAGUGUACCCAUUAACGCACUAGUUCCAGUGAAAGGAACACCUCUUGAAAACCAGAAGCCUGUGGAAAUAUGGGACAUGAUUAGGAUGAUAGCAACUGCCCGCAUUAUAAUGCCAAAAGCAAUGGUUAGGCUUUCAGCUGGCAGAGUUCGGUUUUCCAUACCGGAACAAACCCUGUGUUUUCUUGCUGGUGCUAAUUCAAUCUUUACUGGAGAGAAAUUGCUGACGACCCCCAACAACGAUUAUGAUGCUGACCAACUUAUGUUUAAAAUGCUUGGGCUUACCCCAAAACCUCCAAAGUUUUCCGAAUAUGCAGCAAAGGAUUCCGAAGCAGAAAGCAUUGAAGAAGAAGCACUUUCUGGUUAAGGCUGAGAUUGCUGCACAUGUAAGAAUUAUUAUUCUUUGUAGCAAAAAGAAAAAAAUAAUGUUGAAACCUCUGUCAAGUCUCACCUAUGCAUAUUAUUAUUCUAAACUAAAAUUGUCCAAAAUCUUGUACGAGUAAUUUUUAUGUAGUAAUAUUGGGCUGAUCUACUUGCAUGAUUUGAGAAAAUAUUACGUAGCAUUCUUUUACACCUCAGCGGUAUGGAUAAAUUAUUAGGUGCU